AUGGCCGCUCACAAGCUAGUGUGUUACUAUGUGAUGAACAACGACUGUGUUGAAGAGCAAAAUGCCUUUUUCGAAAGGCCCAAUGAAGCCAUGAAGAGCCACCCCAAACCCCUCUUGAUCACUGGAAAAGUCGAAGACGUACCCGUUAAUAAAAUAUUGGUGGAUUGUGGAGCGACUGUGAACUUGAUGCCUCACCGCAUGCUGAGGAAAAUUGGCAAAUAUGAUACUGAUGCCAAACCUCAUAAUAUGGUGCUAACUAACUAUGAAGGUAAAGUGGGUUCCACCAUGGGGGCUAUCCAAGUCGAAUUAACUGUAGGGGCAGUCACUAGGACCAUAAUGUUUAUGAUUGUGGGAACAAAGGCUAACUACAAUCUAUUGCUUGGAAGAGAAUGGAUACAUGGGGUCGGAGCUGUCCCAUCUUCAAUGCACCAGAGGAUAAUAAUUUGGCGCCCAUAUGGCAUUGUCGAAAACAUAGAUGGCAUUGUCGAAAACAUAGAUGCUAGUGGCGGAAAUGCUAGUCGAUUCUGCUACAGGUUAAGAAUAUUUAAGCAUGCUUGA